ACCCCCGGGUAGGGUGGGGGUCCCUGGGGAGUUGGGGACAGCGACCUCAUAGGGCGGGGAGGGUCCCCUGUUGGGACCCCGCAGGGUUUUGGAGGGAUAUCUGGAGUGCUGGGGCACAGAGACCCCCCCACUACAUCGUGGAGGGUCCCUGGGGAGCUGGGGACAGGGAAGGUUCCCUGCUGCAGACAGGGACCCCAUAGAGUUUCGGGAGGAUGCCUGGAGUGCUGGGGGACAGAGACCCUUCACUGUAAGGUGGCGGGUCCCUGGAGAGUUGUGGGCAGGGGCCCCGUAGGGCAGGGACCUGAUAGGUUUUUUGGGGGUGUCCCUGCGGUGCUGGGGGACAGGGACCCCGCCCCACUAUAGGGUGGGGGUCCCUGAGGAGUUGGGGACAGCGACCUCAUAGGGCAGGGAGGGUCCCCUGUUGCACACAGGCACCCCGUAGAGUUCUGGGAGGAUGCCUGGAGUGCUGGGAGACAGAGAGCACCCGCUGUAGGGUGGAGGGUCCUGGAGAGUUUAAAGGACCCCGUAGGGCAGGAGGGUUUCCUGCUGUUGCACACAGGCACACUGUAGAGUUUUGGGGGGAUGCCUGGAGUGCCGGGGGAGAGAGACCUCCCGCUAUAGGGUGGGGGUCCCUGGGGAGCUGGGAACAGGGAUUGUGGAGCAGGGAAGGUCCCCUGUUGCAGACAGGGACCCCAUAGAUUUUUGAGGGGUCCCUGCAGUGGUGGGGAAUAGGGACCCCCUUGCUAUAGGGUGGUCCUUGGGGAGUUGGGGACAGCAAUAUCAUAGGACAGGAAGGGUCCCCUGUUGCAGAUAGGGACCCCAUAGGGUGCCAACCCUGGUCCCCAUUUUGUUUUGGGGGAUCCCUGGGGACAGAGCGUCCCAUAGGAUAGUGGGAGUCCCUGAAGAGUUGGGAACAGGGAUGAUGGUGCAGGGAAGGUCCCCUGCUGCAGACAGGGACCCCAUAGGUUUUUGGGGGGUCCCUGAGGUGUUGGGGACAGGGACACACUCCCUCCCCAAAUGCUGGGAACAGGGACACCAAGGGGGGAGGGCUGUCCCCAGGUAGAUAGAGAUGCAGGGACCCCAUAGGUUUUGGGGGCUUCCUGGGGUGUUGGAGGACAGGGAGCCCCCCCAUAAAGUAGGGGUCAGCAGCCUAUGAUCCUAUGGUCAGGAGGUGAGGGGUGCCCCAGGGUGAUGGAGAUGCAGUGAUCCCAUAGGGUUUUGGGGGGUUCUCUGGGGUGUUGGGGACAGGGACCCCUGCACUGGGUGCUGGAGACAGGGACACCAGAAGGGGAGGGGUAUCCCCAGGGUGAUGGAGAUGCAGGGACCCCAUAGGGUUUUGGGGAGUCCCUGGGGUUUUGAGCACAGGAACCAUGGAGCAGGGAGGGUCCCCUGCUGCAGACAGAGACCCCAUAGGGUUUUAUGGGGCGGUCCUUGGGGUGCUGAAAGAGCAGGGACCCUGUAGGGUGAGGGUGCUGUCCCCCAUAGGGUUUGGAGGGAAGUCUCUAAGGUUCUGGGAGACAAAACUCCCUUCAUAGGUGGAUGGGGGUCCACAGGGUGCUGGAAAGCCAGGGCCCCCAACCCUGGAAGGUCCCUGGGGUGCCAGAACACCCCCAGUGUGGGGUAACCACACAGGCCUGUGUGUUUCCCAUCUGGGAUCACAUUCAGAGGAGGUUUGGUGGGAGCUGGACAGAGAGCUCCAGGCUGCAGCUGUCACCUGUGUCCUGUCCUCCCCGCUCCCUUUUCCAGCCAUCCCAUUCAGCUUUUGGGGACUUUUUCCUGCGCCAGAACUGCCAUGUUUUCAGUCCACCCCUAUACCUGGGAAAAAAAUUAACGCUAAUAAUAGUAAUAACACUAAUACUACCUUACUUCCAUCCCAAAGCUCCCUUAUUUUAAAAAUGAGGUAAAAUAAGGCCAAGGGAGCAGAGUUUGGUGGAGCAGGGAUAAGUCUGGAAUAACAGAUGCUGCCUGUGGAGUUUCUAACAAACCCACAGAACGAUAAGGAGUGUUUGCAGAUGCUUUAUUAAAGGAAAAGACGCUGCCGAGACAUCGCAAAUCAAACCUCCUCCACAGCAGAACUGGAACGCAGCGAGGGGAUUUUCCAGGUGAUGGAGGAUGUUGAGGAGGGGAAAGCGGUGGUGCUGGAGAGGGGGCUGUGGCUCUAGGAGGCGUCCUUGCGGGGCAUGAGGCACUGGGCCAGGUCCCGGCGCACGCCGAAGCGCAGGGCAUCGCGCUGCUUGGUCGUGGGCACCACGUACGUGUUGGGCACGAGGCGCUUGGGUGCCCGGCGCGGCUCUCCCGGCUGAGCCAUCUGCCUCCGCACGGCCCAGCGCAGAUCAUCGUGUGGAUCUUCCCCCGGGAAGCUGUAUCUCUCCCAGUCUUGUCUGUAUCCGUGGAAUUUGGCCACUGGGUCGGUUUUCUUCCGUCUGCCAACCUGCGGAAGAAUGUAGGACGUAGGCGAUCCCACCCGAGCGGAGUGCCGAGACGUGCUCCGUCUCCCAAGAUCCUCAAGGAGAGAGCAGGGGCUGUCCUCAAGGAACCACUCAUCAUCACAGGGCAUGCACUCCUCCAGGUCCUCGCUGCUGAUUUCCCCCUCGGAGAUGGUGUCCUCCAUAUAAACCCUGGAACGCCCCGUAUUCCACAGCUCGGCACCGCACUUGGGCUCGGCACUGCACCCUGGCUCAUUGUUCACUGACUCAUCAAAGAUCUCCACCAUUCCAUCGGGUCUGUGCCUCAGCACCUUCCUCUUCAUCACCAACUUCCUGUUUUCCCUCUGAUCCUCAGAAAGCACUGGAAGGUCUGACUGUGCCCCAAAAACGAUGGAGGCAUCGGCGUAGGGGUCGUCACGGGGACGCGCCAGCUCCUCGCUGCCUCCCGGCCAGGCGCCCGAUGUCCCCUCCAUGAUUCUCACCACACCGGGUGGACUCUGCAGAAAAAGAAACCAGGGUUAAUGUCUUGCAGCAUGUUCAAGCUGGCUAAAGGUGUCAAAGGGGGCUCCGAGACUCAAAUGUUUGGGUUCAGGGGUGUUGAUUUAGGUUGGGCAUGUUUUCAGAGCACUGCUGAACCUCCUGCCACCAGCAGAAGGCUCUUCCCUACAGUAGCAGAAACACAAGCCCUUAAUUCCUGCUGGAAAACUCCAUUAGAAUUAGUUAUGUGGUCAGUUAAGUCCUGCUUUGCAAACACAGGGCAAGUUCCGUGCACUGGGUGAGAGAUUAAUGGUUUUCUGCUUGUACCUGUUCUUCUAAAUCCACACUAUUUAGUCAUGAUUUAAUCCAGGGACAUCAGAGAGGGUGUUCUACUUCUGCAGAGGAGGAGGAGGCUCAGCACAGCAUGUUUAGAUGCUUGCUUAUGAGUCUGGUGAUAGUAAACCUCGAGUAAACCUCUAGCCCUGUGACAAAAAGGGAUCCGGACACAGAUCCCACUCCCAGCACAGGCUUAGGAUAUCUUUAGGCGGGUUGGAAGAGCUGCAGGAGCCCCUGGUGGCGCUGGGAAGGGCGGGAGCAGAUGGCGGGGCGGGAUGAGUGGCAGCCGUCAGCGCGCUGUCUGCAGCGGGAUGCAGGUGGGAAAGUGAGAAGGCUCCGUGACGGCUCGCCGGGAACGUGCUGCGCUGACGGAGCGGAUCCCAUCGGCUGGGGGAAGAGGAGUGAUUAAAGACUCCAAAAAAAGAGACUGGAGUGAGAUGAAGGCUGCUCGAGCUGAGCCCCCGUGGCCCUGCCCAUGCUCUGCUGGGAACACGACCCCAAGGAUCCACCAGCAACAAACUGAUGCUCCAGGGCAGUGGCUAUGGCCGAGGAGAGCACGGCUGCUGACCACGAGGGGCUCCUGAGGAGGGUGCAGGAGCUGGAAGCGGAGGUGAAGCGGCUGCAGGAGAAGCUCCAGGAUGACAAGGAGGGCACUGGGAGGAGAGAGGCUGCUCUGGCCCCCGGGAAAGCCAAAAAACGCCAGCAAAGGCCCUUCGAUUUCAGCGCGCACGGCCGCAGACACGUGGCACUGCGCAUCGCCUACCUGGGCUGGGGCUACCAGGGCUUUGCCAGCCAGGAGAACACCCCCAACACCAUUGAGGAGAAGCUCUUUGAAGCCUUGAAGAAGACACGGCUGGUGGACAGUAGAGAGACCUCCAACUACCAUCGCUGCGGGCGCACGGACAAGGGAGUCAGUGCCUUUGGGCAGGUGAUUUCCCUGGAUCUCCGCUCCAGCCUGCCACCGGAGGGGCAGCAGCAAAACGGGCACGCGGGCGAGGGGCAGCGGGAGGAGCUCCGCUACACCCACAUCCUGAACAGGGUGCUGCCCCCCGACAUCCGGGUGCUGGCCUGGGCCCCCGUGGCGCCGGAGUUCAGCGCCCGCUUCAGCUGCCAGCGCCGCACCUACCGGUACUUCUUCCCCUGCGCCCAGCUGGACGUGGCCCUCAUGGACAGCGCCGCCCAGCGCUACGUGGGCACCCACGACUUCCGCAACCUCUGCAAGAUGGACGUGGCCAACGGGGUGCUCAACUUCCAGAGGACGAUCCUCAGCGCCCGCGUGACGUGGGUGGAGAGAGGGGGAGAAUCCGGGCCGCGGGAUCCCUUCCGGCUGUGCCAGUUCGAGGUGACGGGGCAGGCGUUCCUGUACCACCAGGUCCGCUGCAUGAUGGCCGUGCUCUUCCUCAUCGGCCAGGGCAUGGAGAGCCCGGACAUCAUCGACGAACUGCUGGACGUGGAGAAGAACCCCCGGAAACCGCAGUACAGCAUGGCAGUCGAGUUCCCCCUGGUCCUGUACGACUGCGAGUUCCCAGACCUGCAGUGGCUCUACGACCCAGAGGUGCAGGGCUUCAACGUGACACACCUGCAGCAGCUCUGGGCCAGCCACGCCGUCAAAACCCACGUGCUUCGGGACAUGUUGGCAGGGCUGGACACUGCUCCCAUGGCCACUGGCAAAGGUCCGGGGAGCAGCCUGGUCAGCAGCUUCGUGGAGGGGGUCCAAGCCCGCACCUACAAGCCCUUGCUGGCCCGGCCCCGGUGCGAGGGGCUGGAGGCUCGGAUCGAGCACUUCGUGCGGAGGGGCCGCAUCGACCCCCCCCGGGGGCCGGGGGUGCCCGGGGACCAGGAGCCCCCCGAGGGCAAGCGGGGCAGCAGCGCAGCCCCCGAGCAGCCGCCCAAGAGGGUCUGCGUGGACACCGAGUGACGGGGCGCCUCGGCACUUCUUUUUAUUAGUGUUAUUGGGGAAAAAAAGCGCGUUUCUUCGGUGCUGGUUUUUUAUAAAUCUCAAGAAAUCUCUUGUA